AGAGGCAGUUUACCAGCGGCGAAACGGAUACAAUGCCCUCGAUGAACAACCAUUUUUCAACGACCCCAAGUCUUUAGCGGCUGAAAUCAGGGUUGAAGAAAAUGAUAUACCUCUGCUCAUCAAUAUCUGCAGUACUUAUGACGAAAAACUGCCCUCCAUCCUCGCACAAAUUGACCUGUAGACCUCGCUGUUGUUCUUCGAUCCAGCUUUCUUUUCUUUUUCUACUCUAUCUGUUCAUCAAAGUUUAACUGUAGCAGCUUAAUACUAAUUCGCUUAACAUGAUUCCCUCUCACUUUCUAUGUUCAUCACCUGUAGUUAUAGCAUUUAUACACCGUUCCUUCCAGAUUUUGGCCCUUCGUUUUAAUGUAAGACACUAUUAUUCCAUGGCGCGUAUGACUUUUACUAUUUCCACGCGAGGGCAAAAAGUACGUUUAUAAGGGGUGUUAUUGUUGCAUUACUGCUGUGGAAUGCUGUGCAUUGUAAUAGCGAAUGACAAAUGGUAGCGCACAAUUCCAAACGGCUCUCUCUAAAC